CAUUUCUACAGGUUUGAACCCAAACGGCCACGUUUUCAUUUUCUCUUUUCCCAUUCUUGUUCGCUUCAUUGAGCUUCGACAAAGAAAAGAAACGCCAGCAUUUAGCAUGUACAGCUCUUUCUUUCCAUGUUAGUCUCUUACCAUCAAUUCCAUCACAUUCAAUGAAGAACCAUGACGAAGAAAGCCCAACCGAUACCCGUACGCCACGUCAUUUGGUUCGGCUGGAAGCUCGUCCUCUUCCUUUCUGUCACUCUCUGCGUCUUCGCUCUUCUAAGACUCCAUUUUCAAUCCGAUUUCUCGUCUCAGACUUCUACCUUUUAUCGCCCGAGAUCUCGAAUUUCUCGCCGUAGCUUCGAGUUCGUCGGUCCUCCUAAGUUGGCCUUUCUUUUUCUCGUCUGCAAAGACCUGCCUCUCGAUUUCCUCUGGGGAAGCUUCUUCGAGAAUGCCGACGUGGCUAAUUUCUCCAUUUUUAUUCACUCGGCGCCUGGUUUUGAGUUCGACGAGUCAACAACACGGUCGCAUUUCUUCUACGGUCGGCAGUUAAAGAAUAGUAUCCAGGUAGUCUGGGGAGAGUCGAGUAUGAUUGAAGCAGAGAGGUUGUUGCUUGCAGCUGCUUUGGAAGAUCCGGCAAAUCAAAGAUUCGUGCUUCUCUCUGACAGCUGUGUUCCCCUGUACAACUUUAGCUACAUAUACGGCUACUUGAUGGCUUCUCAUAGGAGUUUUGUGGACAGCUUUAUUGAAACAAAAGGAGAGCGCUACAACCCGAAAAUGUCGCCUAUCAUACAAAAAAAGAAAUGGCGAAAAGGAUCCCAGUGGAUCACCUUAGUGAGAAGUCAUGCAGAGAAGAUUGUAGAUGAUGAGGUUAUAUUUCCAGUCUUUAAGAAACAUUGCAAGCUGGGCCUACCUCCAGAUGCCGUCAAGAGAAAAGUGUUUAUUAUCGAGAAACUUAAAAAGCUGGAGACCUGUAUUGCUGAUGAACACUACGUGCCAACAUUGCUUUCGGUGGCUGGGCUGGAAGGUGAACUUGAAAGAAGAACUUUGACCUAUACUGUGUGGAAUCAGUCUCUGGCAAAAAUGGAAACUAAAGGUUGGCAUCCUAUCACAUUCACCUAUGCAAAUGCAAGCCCUAAAAAGAUCAAUGAAAUAAAGGCUAUCAACCAUGUAUACUAUGAGACCGAGUACCGGACAGAAUGGUGCCGCACUAACUCAACAUCUGUUCCCUGUUUCCUUUUUGCAAGGAAGUUUUCUAGGGGAGCUGCCAUGCGCCUUUUGAGUGAGGGCGUGGUUGGUCCCUUUGAUGCCUCAGCAUUAUUGGCUUCAUCCAACUGAUCAUAGUGGCCUGUUCUCCGAUAGCAAUCUUUAGCUGUCAACUGACUUGCUCUGAAGUAUUGAUGAGACUGCAGGUGGAGCGCCUGUACAUUAUACAGUUGUAUACAUAGAUAGAUACAAAUACUGAUAAUUUUUAUUGACAGUAUUGCAACUGUAGCGGCUAUUUGAUUAAUCCUAUAGAAAAUUUAGCUGGAACAUCAUUUUCAUUAUAAUGUUACAUUCAUCUGGGAAAAAUUCCCUUGCAUUCAAAA